AUGAACGGCGAGAUGAUGAUGCGGCCUCCCAUGCCUGCGCCGUACCAGGUGUGGGCGGCGGCGCUGGCGCAGCAGCAGCAGCAGCAGCAGCUCCCGCCGGUGGCCGUGGCGGAGGCGCCGCCGGCGGGGUUCAAGCCGGCGAGGCCCGCGUGGAAGCGGGCGGCGCGGCAGCAGCCCGGGUGGAAGCAGCGCAAGGCCGCGGCCCAGGCGCAGGGGAGGUGGGGCGGGUCGGCGGCGCCGCGCAACACGACGUCGUACCUGAUCCGGGCCAAGCGGGCCGGGGGCGUGGCGUCGCUGGUGUCGCCGUGCCCCGUGACGCCCGCCGUGCUGCCGACGCCGCGGCUGUCGCCGGCGCGGGAGGUGCUGGUGGAGAUGGCCAAGGAGGCGUGGGGCGUCGACGGGUACGGCUCCAUGAAGGGCCUCAUCCGCCUCCGCCCCCAGGCCGCCGGCCCCGACGCCGGCGACGGCGACGGCGCUGACUCGGGCUCCGGCGAGAGCGACGUGGAGGAGCACGUGGAGGUGGAGCGCCGCCUCGACCACGACCUCAGCCGCUUCGAGAUGGUGCAGCUCCCCGCCGCGCCCGCCGGCGAGGACGACGAGGACGAGGACGCCCGCGCGGCCCGGCUGGAGGAGGAGAACCUGACCCUCCGCGCGCGGCUCUUCCUGGUGGAGCGCGACAUGGCCGACCUCCGCCGCCGCCUCGUCGCCGUCGAGUCCCUCUGCCGCGACCGCCACCGCGACGGCUGCGUCGUCGACGCCGCCCUGCCGCCCCCCUCCAACAGCGACGAGGCGGACGCCACCGAGGACGCCAUGGUACUCUGA